UUCAAGGUGGUGGUGAACGCAAAUAGUGAAAAAAACGGCGUCGUUAGGAGAACCGAACUUUCCAAGACCGUUUUCUUCAAAACGACGGCGUGUUCUAAAGGCCGCCGUCCUUGAAGAAAGCCACGACCAGAAGCAAAGGAAUAUUCUCCGAGUUCAGAGGCUUGGAAAUCGAACUGUUCAUUUCCCUGAAAUCAGAGAAACUGAGAAACAGAGAAAAAAAGAAAAAAAAAAAAAAAAAAAACAAAGAUAAGGAAAAUAAAGAAAAGAAACAAUAACAUCAUCAAAAUUACAAGAAAACCCCAUUUGAAUAUCUCGGAGCGAAAUGCCGGCUGCCGAACCCAAAGGCCGCGUACCCAGCUCGUCGAAUAUGAACGCAAGGGUCUGGUUCUACUCCUUUUUGCUCUCUCUGCAAUACGGAGCUCAGCCUCUGAUCUCUAAGCGCUGCAUCAGACGAGAAGUUAUUGUGACUUCAUCUGUUCUCACAUGCGAGAUAGCAAAGGUUGUAUUCGCCAUCAUUUUCAUGGCAAAAGAAGGUACUUUGAAGAAAUUAUACAAGGAGUGGACUUUGGUUGGUGCAUUGACUGCAUCAGGACUUCCUGCAGCUAUAUAUGCAUUGCAGAACAGUUUGCUGCAGAUUUCUUACAAAAAUCUUGAUUCACUCACGUUUUCAAUGCUGAACCAGACAAAAAUAUUUUUUACUGCCCUAUUUACAUACUUGCUACUGAGGCAGAAGCAAUCAAUUCAACAAAUUGGGGCCCUGUUUUUGUUGAUCACUGCAGCUGUUCUUCUUAGUAUUGGUGAAGGCUCCAGUAAAGGUUCUAGUGCGGCUAAUGCCGAUCAAAUUUUGUUUUAUGGGAUUAUUCCUGUCUUGGUUGCAUCUGUACUCUCAGGUCUGGCAUCCUCUUUGUGUCAAUGGGCUUCACAGGUCAAGAAACAUUCAUCAUACUUAAUGACUGUAGAAAUGUCUCUUGUUGGAAGUUUUUGCUUAUUGGUUAGUACCUAUAAGUCUCCAGAUGGUGAGGCCAUCAGACAAAAUGGAUUUUUUCAUGCCUGGACUCCACUAACUUUGAUCCCGGUUAUAUCGAAUGCCCUUGGUGGAAUUCUUGUUGGCCUAGUUACAAGCUAUGCUGGUGGUGUUAGAAAGGGUUUCGUCAUUGUUUCUGCACUUCUUGUUACGGCCUUGCUGCAAUUCGUUUUUGAAGGUAAACCGCCUUCACUUUAUUGUCUUGUGGCUCUUCCACUCGUCCUCACCAGCGUUACAAUAUACCAGAAAUAUCCAUACCAAGUUAAAAAGAAGAAAAUGUAAGCCUAACCUUCGUAACAUUCAGGGGUUUUACUCACUGAUCCUGAUUGAUUAAAAUUCCAUUUGGUUCAACAUUUUGCAAUAUUCCAUAGUUCUACUCACUGCCUUCUGCAAGCAGGCAUUCCAUACUUUAUUUUGACCCGUCCAUAUACGUGUAGUUGGGGUUAUCAAUCAAUAUUACCGCUUUGGGCAGUCAA